CGUUAUCGUGUCAAUAGUACCGAGUCGUAACCAGUUUUCCUUAUUGUUCAAUUAAAAUAAAUUAAAUACCAAUAAACUCUAACUAGGGUCGUCGCCGUACUGAGAAACUAGCAUCUUUUCUUUCAAAGUUUUCCUAUUUCGUGUGUGUUUAACGACAAAAUGAGUGACCUGUUUGUAAGCCGUGAACAUAUAUUGCAGGGGGGCUAUUUCCAUUCCACACUGCGAAAAUUACAGGAGCCCGACACCAGUAUUGAGCCUCACAAUAUUAUGUACCCAGUUUUCUUACUGGAAAAUGAAGAUGCCAUUCAACCCGUAGCCAGUCUGCCAAAUGUGAACCGCUAUGGCCUGAACCAGCUCAUUCCGGCGCUCACCGAUCUGGUGGAGAAGGGCCUGAAGUCCAUACUCAUAUUUGGCAUUGUUGAGACACUUCCUAAGGAUCCCACCGGGUCCAGUGCUGACUCGCCGUCCAACCCAGUUGUGAAGGCUCUCCCCAUCCUGAGGGCUACGUUCCCGUCUCUUCUCAUUGCUACAGAUGUGUGUCUCUGCCCGUACACUUCUCAUGGGCACUGUGGGGUGUUGACUGAGACCGGUGCCAUUGACCACGCACCAAGCGCCAAGAGAAUUGCUGAAGUUGCCUUGGCCUAUGCUAAAGCAGGUGCUCACGUGGUCGCUCCAUCUGACAUGAUGGACAACAGAAUAAAAGCCAUCAAGGACGCACUCAUUGCCUCCAAAUUGGACAACCAGGUUUCUGUCCUAUCCUACUCGUGCAAGUUCGCGUCGUGCAUGUACGGCCCUUUCCGCGACACGAUGAAGAGCUCCCCUAUGGAGGGCGAUCGCAAAUGCUACCAGCUGCCGCCUGGGAGCGCCGGGCUCGCCGCUAGAGCUGCGGCUCGCGAUGUAGCGGAGGGUGCAGAUUUUCUAAUGGUGAAGCCCGGCCUCCCGUACUUGGACAUCGUGCGGCAGACCAAAAACCAGUUCCCUAAUCACCCGCUAUUCAUCUACCAGGUGUCCGGCGAGUACGCAAUGAUAUGCAAGAGCGGCGACAGCAGUGAAAUCCAGAAUACUCUGAUGGAGACUUUGACUUGCAUGAGGCGUGCAGGUGCCGACUGCAUUAUAACUUACUUCGCUCCACUGGUUCUCAGCAUAAUAAAUAAAAAGUAAAAUGUUUUAUAUAACAUUUUGUUGAAAGGCAAUAAUAACUAAUAGACUAUGACGAGUAAUUGUUAGAAUGUUCCUGAUUCGCCGGAUUCUUGUGUCAUCACUCAUCAGAUUGACAUACAGUAAGCACAGUAUAUUGUAAUAUCUGAUCUUUAUUUUAUUGGUGUGUUACAACCAGCACGGCACUUUCUUUAUUAGAAAAUCAGGCGAUUCAAGUCCGGUUAAAUAAGAAUCUGGCUAACCAGGAACUAACUAUGAUAGUUAUACACGUAAAUGUACGGAGCGAUAUAACCUGUACAGAGCCAUCCAUUUCAGCUGUCAAAAAUUUGCGUUAAGUAUACUCGAAAUCGAAUACACAAACGCCAUUAUAGGCCAACAUAUUUUAUUUUGGACUACUAAAGACAAUAAUCGGGGUGUAUGAUCUGAACUGAAACAAAGUCAUCACUGGCAAUUUGGCAGCAUCAUUGGCAA